AUGAACGACUUUUACGAUGACGGCUUGGUGAUUUACUUUCUUUUCGUUGUCCUUUCUCUGGUAGAAGUGCUGUCAAAUCCGCUCUAUCUUCUUCAGCUCUCUUCAAAUAAAAAUCUGCCGUUCGGAGUGCUGCCGCCUUUUCUUUACGUAGUAUUUGUGUUGUUUUCGGAUCACGUUCCUUAAGUCCUCCUUUGUCAGGCAGUUUUGAGAAUGUGCGAUAACGCCAACCAGGCCCUUCUUCGAUAGCCUUCAAUCUUUUUUCUUUAGAGUCUUCGUCCGUUGUUUCACCUCUCCGUU